CUAUUACUAUUUAGCUACUGCAGAUUAGACUACUGUGUGUGCAGGAACCACUGUAGAACAGAAGACUCUGCACUGCAUGGUGCACUGCAUGCCAUCAGGACUGCUCUCAUCUGUAAAAUGGCUCAGCUAGCUCCUCAACAUGAAGUGGUGCUGGACUUUGAGAACCAGACACUUAUCGAGCUGCUGUCGGAAGAUGGCCUCGUCAUAAUGGCAAGAGGUCUUGGUUUGGAUCGAUUGUUUCUCAAGUUCCUGAAGCUCUAUUGUGAUCCGCACAAUCUUGUGCUGGUGCUCAAUGCAUCCAGUCUUGAGAGUUUCCUCACAGAGGAGCUAUGCAGGGAAGGCGUUGAGUAUCCCCUGAAAUGCAUCACUAACGAGUACUCGGCCAAGGAAAGAGAGGGGCUCUACUUGCAAGGUGGUGUGGUGUGUAUAACAUCAAGGAUUUUAGUGGUGGAUUUCCUGCGAGGACAGUGCCCUAUAGAUAAAGUAACAGGAAUUCUCGUCUUUAAUGGACACAGAGUAAAAGAUUCUUCCACUGAGGCGUUUAUAUUGAGACUUUACAGGGAAAAAAACAAGGCUGGAUUCAUCAAAUCUUUUUCUGAUGCCCCCGAGCCAUUCACCAACGGGUUUUGCCAGCUGGAGCGUGUCAUGCGCAACCUGUUCCUACGCCACGUCUAUCUAUGGCCGAGAUUCCAUGCGACUGUCAGUGCUUCACUUUCAAGACACAAACCUGAUGUGGUGGAGCUGCGUCAGGCCAUGACCCCCCACAUGGUGGCCAUACAGAUGGCCGUACUGGAUAUCAUGAAAGCUUGCGUCUCGGAACUCAAGAGAAGUCAGCCAAGCUUGGACACAGAGGAGGUUACUGUCGAGAACUGUAUGAAUAAGUCGUUUAACCAGAUCAUCAAGUUACAACUAGACCCCAUCUGGAAUCAGCUGGGUGGUAAGACCAAGCAGCUUGUGUUUGACCUUCGAACCCUCCGUACCCUCCUCCAUUUCUUAACCCAGUACGACUGUGUCACCUUCUACAACUAUCUGGAGACCAUCAGGUCUAGUACGGACACGUAUGCGUUCUCUGGCCACUCCUCCUGGCUGUUCAUGGACUCGGCAGACACACUAUUCGUGAAAUCUCGGGAGAGAGUAUACGGUCGUUUCAAGUUAGGCAAGCAAAGCGUAAGUAAGGAUAAGACAAGCAAGGAUGAUGGAGGGGGUGGUCUAGAGGAGAGCCCGAAGUGGCAUCUGUUAUCAAUGGUACUGGAGGAGAUACGCAAAGAGACGAGAACAAACGAAAAAUUGGAGGGUAGCAGUAAGGUGUUGGUGGUAGCAAAUGACGAAAGGACGUGCUAUCAGCUGCGGCAGUACUUGUGUGAGGGUGGUCAGCGUUUGCUGGAGAAACAGCUGAGUCGGCUUAAUCUCACCGUUGAUACUACUACGAGCAAAAAUCUAAAGAGAUCUCUGCCGAGUCAAGUGGGAGGGGCUAGUAAGAAGAGAAAAACGGACACAGUGGAGGAACAAGAUGGGGAUGAUGAGGGGGUGGAGACUGGAGUCAUCUGUCAGCCCUUCCUAGAGGAGGAGGAGCUUGAGAUGGUGUUCAGUGAUGAUGAUGAUGGUCGCAUGGAAGCCGCCUCCUCGCACUUUGGACUCCCCUCUGGUCCCGUUAUUGUACUACACCCACUCAGUAGCGCUAACGACAACCCGUAUCACAUGGGAACAGUGUUGAGAGAGAUGGUACCACAGUUCAUUGUCAUGUAUGACGCUGAUAUCCAGUUCGUGAGACAAGUGGAGGUGUUCAAAGCCUGUCGCCCCGGGCUGCCCCUGAGAGUGUACUUCCUGCUCUAUGAUAGCUCAGUGGAGGAGCAGCGAUACCUCACUGGACUCAGGAAGGAGAAGGAGGCAUUUGAACAGCUCAUCAAAGACAGAGCCUCGAUGGUAGUCCCAGUGGACCGGGAGGGUCGGGUCGGGGACAACACACUACUGACGAGGGAACUCUCUGCUUCACAGGAAGUGAGCAGCAGGAAGGCUGGGGGGAGGGGCCAGGAGGUGGGGCCACAAUCGGUGCUGGUGGAUAUUCGAGAGUUUCGCAGUUCUUUACCAUUUUUGAUUCAUAGGAGAGGGAUCGAUAUCGUGCCCCUUACAUUAGAGGUGGGCGAUUACAUCCUCUCACCUGACAUGUGUGUGGAGAGGAAAAGCGUCAGCGAUCUGAUUGGCUCACUCAAUUCUGGACGAUUGUACAACCAGGCGGUGGCAAUGACCCGACACUAUAAGAGACCACUCCUACUCAUUGAGUUUGACGAGAGCAGAUCAUUCUCGCUACAGAAGUCUGGCUCUAUUAAGGGAGAGAUCUCAUCGCAAAGUGUUGCAUCAAAACUUGCUCUCCUCACCCUCCACUUUCCCACACUACGUAUCCUCUGGUGUCCCACACCCAAUGCUACAGCAGAGCUCCUUGAACAGCUAAAGGUAGGACAGGGUCAGCCAGAUGUGGAAGUGGCGCUGUCCAUGGGGCAAGACUCACUGGACAAAGUGGAGGGAGACAAGUACAACCCUUUAGUGAAGGAUUUUCUGCUCAAGCUUCCCGGGAUAAAUUCAAAGAAUUACAGACGUAUAAUGAACAAAAUCGGUGAUCUACAGGAGUUGGUCUCACUCUCUGAGGGUCAGCUAGAUCGUCUCCUUGACAACGAUGCUAACGCCAAGCUCCUCUGGUCAUUCCUACACACACAGUCCAAGGUCACCACCACCACUCGGGGAAAGAAGAGAACAUAAGAACACUAACAAUUUAUUUAUCAAAUACAAAAACUAAAAAUUAUCUUCAUUCCCUCUUCAUGCAAUGAUUACAUGUAUUUUGUAUUUGUAUGACACA